GGGGUUUAUAUUUGAACUUCCCCUCCAGUGAAUAACAUCACAUUAGCACGCUGCUGUACACAUUACAUCGCCUGGAUCUACAAGUGAAAGACUACAAGGGGAUUAAAACUUCAGCUAUUACUCAGUUGAAUUCAGAUUUGAAAGAGUGAUGGAAGGUAGUUUACAGUCGUCACUGUCAGAAGAGGACUCUUCAAGCAAAGAGCGCUCUUUACCUGAGGAGGAGAAUGAACUUCAGUCUGAGCAGUUGGAGGAGGCGGCACUAGUCCUCUCUGGCGAGGAGCACUUAACCCUCAUCACAGAGAGCAUGUCCAUCACCUCCUCUGAUGAGGAGAAGCUUCAACUCCUCAACAAAAACACUGAGCUCCGGAGACUCAACAAAGAGCUGAUGAAGCUGAACGAGGAGUGGGAUCACAUCUAUCACAGCACGAGUGUGGGCCUCCAGCAGCGUGUGGUGGCUCUCGAGGAGGAGAGCAGGGCCCUCAAACAGCUCAACAGCCGACUCCUGCUCAAAGUAGAACAUGAACAGAACAAGAGGGGAUAUUAUGAACAAACACUGAUGCAGGAACUGAAGAAAAACCAGCAACUACAGGAGUAUGUCAGACUGCUGGAGAGCCGACUGCACCAAACAGAUCUUCAGCAGUGGACAAGAGAAUCUCAGACCUCAGAUAUCAGUAGCUCCUCAGACUCCCAGCUAGUGCAGAACUCGUCAAAGUUGUCCCUGGACAUACGGUCGAUUCCAGCACUUCCUCCAUCACUGGGCACAAAGUCCAGUCUCAGACUGGCUGGGGUGGGAUUGGAGACGCAGUCUGACCCUAUGAGAGAGGUCCGAGAUCUUAAAGAACAGCUGGAGGCGCUGCGGUGUCAGACUCAAAUCUACGAGGCUGAUUAUAAAACAGAGCAGAAGGGCCAUGAGCGCAUGCUGCAGGAGAACAAGCGUCUGCGGCGCAGAGAGGUGGACAUGCGUCAGCAGAUGAUGCUGUUGCAGGAGCAGCUGAAGGUGUAUGAGGAUGAUUUCCAGAAGGAGCGCUCAGACAAACGCAUUCUCCAGAGACUGCUGAUGAAAAAAUCUCCAGCAGAGAAAGACCCGGUUCUGGUGCACCGCUGCAACAACGAGCAGGACCGGCCCAGAUCAGACAGGAGGAAGCCCAGAGAAGAGCAGCGCGGAGGAUACGUCUGUCCCAAACACUGUGAGCAUCACGGCCAGCCGGACCUCCCCUGAACACAGACAGAGCCACAAGACAACACAUUCAUUCAGCAUAUAAAAGAAAUGUACACAAGCUAGUUUGUAUCUUUAAAACAGUUACUUUUUAACAGCUGUAUUUAUAUGAGGAACUUUUUUUAUUGUUGUAUUCUUUCAAUUUGU